AUGGAAGUUAUGCAACACACUAAUAAUUAUGUACAUUUAUAUGAUUUACAAAUGUAUCUUUUACCACCAUCUGGAUACAUUAUAUUAGAAGAACUAUAUCAAUGGUGUAUUGAUAGAUUUAAAGUUUUGGAGUUAGUAGAAAAAGUAUCAAAGCAAAACUAUAAAAAAUCAUUUAAACAAUGUCGAGCUGCCUUACUUGUAGAAUUAGAAAAAAACAAUCUAAUUAAUUUUGCAAAACUUAUAAAUGCAUCAAAUUAUGGAUCUCCUGAAAGUAUUAAACAGAUUUUAAGGAGAAAUGACUGUAUAUCACAUUUCAUAUUAAGAUCAGCAUUUUCUUUAGAAUAUGAAAAAAGACAAUGGUUCUAUAAACAAGAAGUCAAUUUAUUCAAAUGGAAGCUUUCCUUUUUGGAUAAAGAGGAUACAAAAGCUUUUAAUUAUAUUAAUGGAUUUCAAUUUCCUUUUAUUUCUAAACAAGAAAAACAAAAAAUUGAAAAGGAUUUAAAAACCUUCUACUCUGAUACUACAAAUAUUGACUCUAUGAAUUUUUAUAAAAUAUAUUUUACUAAUGUAAUAAAUUUAGUCGCAAAACGACAAAUAUUUUUAAAAAAUGGUAUUGCAUAUGUGCAAGAAACAAAAUUAUUUUGGAUAAUUCUUUCUGAAUUUAAAAAGCAAUUAAAUAAAGGAUUUGCAUAUUCACGAGCAAUUAUGUCAAAUGUUUAUGACGAUGAAAGAAUAACAAAGUUAUUAAGUACACUUCAAAAUUGUAUUAGUAAAUCACAUUUUAAAGUUGAUAAAUAUAAACGUGUAUCUAUUAAUCAGUUAGAUAAGUUAUCACAAAAAUCAUAUCCAUUAUGUAUGAGAUUACUUCAUGAAGCAUUACAGAAAAAUCAUCAUCUCACAAAUGGUGGUAGAGUUCAAUAUUGCUUGUUUCUUAAAGGAAUAGGUCUUACAUUAAGUGAUGCAUUACAAUUUUGGAAAGAUGAACUUAUUAAAAGCAUAAAUGAAAAUAAUUUUGAGGAGCAUAGGUAUAGAAUACGGUAUCUCUAUGGACAAGAGGGAAAACGACCAAAUUAUAAAUCGUUUUGUUGUUUGAAAAUAUUCAAGUCUACUAUUGGUUUAUGAGAUAAUCAUGGUUGCCCAUUUAAAUGUAUGACAUUUGAUCUGCUUAGACAAACACUUUCUAAAUGUGGAUUGGUUCAAUCAGAUAUAAAAUCAAUACAACUUUUGAAACAAAGAUCUUACCUCAAAGCAUGUAAAAAAUAUUAUGAAAUUACACACAACUGCAUUACAGAUAAAACUUUCAAUCACCCAAAUGUAUACUUUAAUUAUAGUCGUAAAUAUCUUGAAGAUGCAUAUUCAGGUAUAAUUGAAUUAGAUCUUUAA